UGAAACCAUAAGCCCCGUCAGCCGAUGUAUAUCCACACUGUAAGAAACAACUUGUAGAUAUUUGUAGUAAAAAACUACUACAAAUACUGUAUUUUUGAUAGCUUUAAUUUUGAAGCAACUUCUUUAGAGCUUUAAUUCUAAGCUUUUUAUUGUUUAGCCUCAUUACUUUACAAUAGCUUUAAUCUUAAGCACUACUCUUGCUUUACUGCUUUCUUUGAAUUGAAUUUUAAUUCUCUACAUUUUCUAGUAUGAUCUAGGAUCUCUUGCAUCCUCUAGUUCUCUUUCAUUGUUCUCAUUUUACUUGUCUUCGUUUCAACUUACACAACUUUGUUCUGUGUUCAUCUGAUGUUGUUGACUGGUGGGGACACUGCGAACUUUUUAGAGUCUCUUCUUUUGCUUUAUAUCUAGCUUGUUAACCUUUUUCUAUCUUCUUUAAGUCUUUAUUCUCUUAACUAGUUGUCGCAGUUCACACGGUUUUCGCCCGCUAAGCUUUGUGUGCGCCUAGGGCUUUUCUGUCCGUGUUUAUCCCUUGCUGUUGACAGAUUAAGUUUUAAAGUCUUUCUUAAGAUGUCUAAGUUUCUAAGCUAUCUCUCUCCUGACAAAAAGAACACCUUUGUAAGAACCAUGUCGGUUAAAAACUCAGAAUCCUUAGAUUAUGAAAAUAUUGAUCAAAGCAUUCAAAAUUGGAAAAUGCCUGAAGUUAGUACUAAUGAUAUCUAUUGUAAAGAAGGUUUUAAACUAAAAACAUCAUAUCACGUUAAAACCAUUAAAAAAACAAAAACUGUAACCUCUCACACAAAGAAAUUACAAUUACUUAGUGAUAAAGAUAUCCAAAGAAUCACUGAAGACCCUACUCUUAAAUUCCUUCAUCUUGGUCUUGUUCAAGUGUCUAUUAGACCCCUUACUAGAAAUGACAUCAACACCUCUGUUCUUGUUUGUUUACGAGACGGAAGAUUCUCUAUUUUUACAGACUCUUUAAUAGGUCUAAUUGAGUCAAGCCUGAGCAAUGGCUUGAUAUUCUUUAAUGCCUUUCCAAACUUCUUAGUUUCUUUAUCAGACCCUGGCAUCCUCAAAGUUCUAACCUUAAAUCUUUAAACCUCUGGAUUCAACAUGGAUAUUAAUUCUGAGAAUAUAGCAUUAACCUAUAGAAUCUGCUAUAAAGCCAUGAACACGCUCACACCUUUAGCUAAGGUGAACCCUGAGAAAGGAGCAACUACUUUAUUUCUUACCCACGCUAAAAACAAUCUAGUUGUACCACGAACUUUAAAAUGGAAUGAAAUUCAACUUCCUUAAGUUUGGAAAUUAAGUCAAGUCAUUGAACCCUUACCCCCUGAAAAUUCUAAUCUUUAAAAAAUUAUUGAACAUCCUAAUGGUGAUGUCGAGGUUAACUUUUCUUCGUUUAGAAAAAUUACUCUUGAAGCUAAUGAUGAACGACGUACCUCAGUUUCUUCAAUUCCUUCUUGAGAAAAAGAUUUCUUUAAACACAAAAAACCAAUAGGAAUUAAAUAUAAUAUGGAGCCAACUGCCAUUUAUGAUGAUUCUGAUUCAUCAAGACUAAGUAUUAAUGUUAUUGAAAACUUUGAUGGUACACCUCCUUUUGAGAUUGAUAAAGAAUUCCUAAGAAAAGAAUUUAAUUCCCCUAAAAACCAACACAAAAAGGAAUGAUUUUUUAAAACUUAUGAAGAGGACUUUAGGUCAUCAAUUCGAGCCCUAUAUUAUGAUUGUAUGAAAACCAUUAGAAAAAAAUAACCUUUUUCUUAUGGUAUGAGUUUAUUUACAUUGAAGAUCAAAAGAAUUCUCUUAAACAUUUACCUACUGAAAACCAAGCUUAUAUGCUAAAAAAGAUUUCAAAUACGUGGAAAACAGAAAAGGAUAAAGAAAUUGAAUCUUUACAUUCUCCUCUUGAACCAAUAAAAAUUGGUAAAUCUAAAGAAGAAGUAAAUGCUACUCCUAUAAAAACUCUUGAGUCAAAUUCCAACACAGCCAGACAAGAACAUAUCUCUCUGGUUAUUGAGCAAAAUAAUUUUACUAACAUUCAUCUCCAAACCAUACGCAAAUAAACAGAUAGAAUUGAAAACAUGCUUCUCGACAUGAAAAAACCUAUCACCAAUCAGAUAUUUAUGCCACCUUUUGCUCCUCAAACUUUCACUGUGAAUAUUAAAUUAGGUAAUAAUAAACCUUUUAAACUAAGUGAAAAAUGAGUAAUCUUACUGAAGAGUUAACUAAGAGAUUAAAAGACUUAUCUUUAAACAAAUCUCCCGCCAUCAAUGUUUUGUCAGAAUAUGAAACUCGGCUUGAUAAUACAAUUGACUAUCCUUCUGAUUAUAAUGAAACCAUCCAAAACAUCAGAAAACAACCUUCUAGCUCAAAGAAUUACUAUAGAAGACCCACUCCAGCUGAUAUGCAAUUUGAAGAAAUAAGUGAUAAUCAUAAGACAAAUUUUGAUGGUAAUUCCCUUGUUGAAUGGAAUCUUGAUGGAUAUUCUGAAUACCAAAUUAUACAUCUUUUACAGGAAAUGCUUAUUUACGCUAAUGCCUGCAGACAACACGGUAAUACUGAAAAAGACAUUGCAAGUGGAAUAUGUUCUUCCUUUUCUGGAUAAUUGCAAGGAUGGUGGGAUCAUUAUCUUACUCCAACAGAUAAAAUUAACAUUUUAAAUAAUUAUAAACAAAACCAACUAGGAGAGCCGAUUCGCGAUGCAAACGGACAUUAUAUUAGUGAUGCUGUUUACACCUUACACCUUUCUAUUUACCAUCACUUUAUUGGCUUAACUAAUAGCCUUCAAGAUAAAGUUAGAGAACAACUCAUGAAUUUUAGGUGUAAAAUCCUUACAGACUUUAGAUGGUACAAAGAUGUCUUCCUUUCCAAGGUCUACCAAUUACAUGAUUGUAAUAAUCCUAUUUGGAAAGAAAAAUUCAUUUCGGGUCUUUCACCCUUAUUUGCUGAAAGAAUAAGAGAAUCCAUUAAAGAAUAAAGUAAUGGACAUAUACCUUAUGAUCAAAUUCCUUUCGGAGAAUUAAUUCAAAGAGUAAAUACUAUUGGCUUAAAACUUUGUAAUGAUGUAAAAAUUAACAAUCAAUUAAGAAAUCAAAACCUUUUAGGAAAAAGGGAAUUAGGAGACUUCUGCUAUCAAUUUGGUUUUCAAAUGGAAAACCCAAAAAUUAGAAAUUAUAAAAAACGACAGAAACCAAGAAGUAUAAAGAAAGAAGAAUCUCCUAAAAGAAAGACAAAAAAUACUAACAAAACCCCUACUUGUUAUAAAUGUAAAAAGAAGGGGCAUUAUGCUAAUAAAUGUCUACAAAAAGAUCUAAGAACUAAAGUCAAUGAACUUCUAUUAGACUCCAAAGAUUUCACUACAGAAGAAGUUGAUAGAUUUGUUAAUACUUUGAAUCUUAGUGAUAAUGAUUCCUCAGAUCAUGAAGAUCUACGCAACAAUCUUUGCACUUGUUUUAACUUUUCUGAAAGCUCUUCGGAAACUUCCCAAUUAAAUAAUUUAAACGAACACGAACAAUUUAUUCUUGACACUAUUGAUGCUAUCACUGAUUCACAAGAAAAAAGAAUGCAAUUAUCUAAAUAUCUUGAAAUGACCAAAAACAAGGGAAAAAAUUUAACAAAAGUUCUUGAGGAAAAGAAAGACAACGAAUAUUUUACUUUCUCUGAAAUCAUAAACAGAAUCCAAAAUGAAAAAAAGAUUGAGAAUAAAGUAAAUCUUGAAGAACUUCAAAAAGAACAAGGGAAAAUAAGAAUAGAACUUCUUGAACUAAAACAAAAAAUAAAAAUUUUAGAAACUUACUUAGAGAAUAAAACCAUAGAAGAAUCUGAGGGUUUCAUAGAAACAAACACCUUUGGACAUGAACAAGAUAACGAAUUUAUAAAUUCUAUAGAAAAAUAUGUUCAGAAAAAAUGGAGAUGUAAUAUCAUGCUUAACAUUAUGAACGAAUACUUUGUCCAACACACAGCCCUUAUCGAUACUGGAGCAGAUGUAAAUUGCAUUAGAGAAGAUCUUGUGCCUCUUAGAUUUUAUGAGAAAACAUCUCAUCUUGUCAGUGCAGCUAAUGGACAAGCUCUUAAAGCCCGAUAUAAACUCUCUAAUGUUUACAUUUGCAAUGGGGGUCAAAAAAUCAAAACUUCUUUUGUUCUUUUCAAAGACCUCAAUCAAGGUGUUAUUUUGGGAACUUCUUUUAUCAAUAGUCUUAAGCCUUUUAUUGUAGAUGCUCAUGGUAUACAUACGCAGGCUGGAGAACCCAACAUCUCUUUUUGGUUUAAUAAAGAACCAGAAAAGAUGUUAGUUAACCGCUUAUUCUCUGCUUUAGAAUUUAAAGAAAAAUUUAUAAAUGUUCUUUCUAAUACUGAAGACAAAGAUUGCCCAGACUCUUUUAACACAAAAAUUCUUAAUAAUAAAAGGCACAUUCGUCUUUCAUAUAUUAAAGAAUUCUCUCGUAUCCUUUUUGAUAAAAGAUAUUUUAAUAUACCAGUACAAAUGGAUGAAAAUCUUCUAACCUUCUGCAAAGAAGAAAUUGAAAAAAAUUAUCAAAGACAAUUUGAUAAAAGAUGAUUAUAACACAUACUGUUUGGACCCUGACAAUUACUCUGAACAUGGAGUUGCUAGUCAAAUUAUUGAUUACAAGAACUCAAAUAAUUUGGUCUGAGUAAAUUAUCAAGUACCAGAAUAUCAAAUUGAAAAUAUUAUACAUGGAAGAAUUUUCUCAAAAUUUUACAUCAAAAUGGGUUUUUGGCAAAUGCAGAUUUUAGAAGAAAAUAGAUGAAAAACUGUUCUCAUUCUUCCUUUCUCCUUUUAUACUUGGAGGAGAAGGCCGCCAGAUUUUACUCAUUUUCAACAAAAAUAUCUGAAAUUCUUAGAACAAUAUCUCCAUGAAUGUAGACAAUUUGUUAUCCUGCUGCCUACUGUAAUAAUUCUCUUUUCAAGUAAUUUUGAAGAACAUUAGAAGCAACUAGAAAUAUUCUUUCGUUAUUUUAAUGAAAUACUAACCUCAAAUAUACAUUUUCAAAUAUUUUGCAGAAAAAAAUGACUCAUCAAGCUUUAAUCUUGCAAGCUAAAGGAAAAUCUCAUUGCUUAACUCCAACAUCUCCUGUAAAAAGGACAAAAUACUUUUAUGAUCCAGGAUUAAAAUAUCCUGAUUAUAUGCUUGUUAAUAAUCUAUGGAACAGCAUCUGCGCUCAAGAAAAAAGGCAAAUCAGAGUUCAUAUGACUCAUCUAGUCAAUCUUUUAAAAGAAAAGGAUGAGCAAUUUCUUAACCAGAACCAUCAGCUGAAAGAAAAAUUUAUAGAUCUUUUGUAUGAGAUUAAUUAUCUCUAUCCUUAUUCCAAUAAAAUUACUCUAACAUCUCACGAGAUGUUUCAAAUCCUUGGAAUACCGGAAUACAUUCAACAAAAUAUCUGCAUGGAACGUCUUAACAUAGGGCAACUAUGAUCUAAACUAAACAUUUUGCCUUAAGAUAUUCAAGAUGUUAUUAAAGCAAAAGUUGAAGAUGACAAAUUGUCUCCUUUUUAAAAGAUCACAAGGAACAUACAAUUCCUAUAACAGGUGGCUCUCCCAGAUUCGCGAUUAAUCUUCAUGGCAUUCCUCUUUACAUCCCGCUCAUAGAUGCUGGACUUGUUUAUGAGUUAAGAGAAUCAAGGGAACCUCCAUUCUUCUACAAUCCGAUGAUGCUUAAGGGUUUACCAGCCAUUAUCAAGACUGUCAUUUUUUUGUCUCCAAUAACUCUGGCACAUCUUCAAUUUAACAUCACAGCUACCCUACAUGAACGAAGCGGUCCUGACUAUUUUCCAAGCCUACAAAUAUGGGAAAUUACUACAAUCUCUGGACUUCAUCCAAGGGGUUCAAAUUUCAAAGAAGAAUGCUAUGAUACAGACUUGGAUCGUUUUUAAAGUACCAUCUGGUUCUACAAGAAACUUGAGUUUUUAUUCGAGGAU